CUCAAUAGGAAAUCUCUGCAGACCAUGGAGGAAGCCUUGCAGGUGUGCAGAAACUGCAGAAGACGCAUAGUCUUGGCCCACCUGGCCCUCCAUGAGGCCCACUGCCUGCAGUUCCUGGUCCUCUGUCCAGAGUGCAAGGAACCUGUCCCACAGACGAAGAUGGACGAGCACCGGGAGGCUGGGCACCAGCAGGUCGGGUGUGCCAUGUGUCAGCAGAGCGUACAGAAGCACACCCUGGAGCUCCACGAGAGCACAGAAUGCCAGGAGCGCCCCACUGCAUGUCAGUUCUGUCAGCUGGCCGUGCGCCUCAGCAAGCUGGAACUCCACCAGCGCCACUGUGGCAACCAGACCAAGCUCUGCCCAGAGUGCGGCCAGGUCGUCACGCUCCGAGGGCUGGCCCAGCACAGAGACACAUGUCGGAGCGAACCGGCCCCCCUCAGCACGGGGAAGAGAAGUCCUCCUGAGAAGAAAAUCCACUGUCAUUAUUGUAACCAAGAGAUUCCAGAAAGUGUGUACUUCCACCAUAAGGGGAAAUGCUGUGCAGUCUCAGAGUGUGUGAAAUAUUUUCCAGUUGGAAAGCCAACCACUCCUUCUCCAGCCCCUCCAAGUCAGCCUGCAGAGGAUCUAACUUCCUCGGAACAGAAAGAUGUCCGUCCAAAGAUGAAAAAUAGGAGCACGUUUCCUCUUCUUUCAGAAAAUUCAACUAAGCUAGCACCAAGCAGCACCAAUAAGACCAUGGAUAGACCUUUGAAGUCUGAGCACGACCCCGGGGGUGCAUCUCCCGCAGAAGAUGAGGCAGCCUAUGAUAUUCUGAGAAGAUGUGUUCAGUGUGGUAUCCUGCUCCCCCUGCCAACCCUAAAUCAGCAUCAGGAAAAAUGCUGGAGGUUAGCGUCAUGGAAGGGAAAGCCAAGUGUGAACUUCCAGCCAGAUUUGAAAAAGUAAAGGGAUGUUUGUCCAAGAGCUACAGAUCGACCAGGAAGGAAAAAGGGGAUUCCAGCAAGUCUACCCCCGGAAUUCUGAUCAAGCCUCUGAGUGGGGCAAACUUACUGCCAUCUUGGGGCGCCCAGUUUUAUCCCCGAAAGAAUAAA